UGCUCUGGUUUGGGUCCUGCUGGGGGGGACUUCUGGGUUUGCCGGUUGGGCUCGUGGCUGUUCAGUGACAGCAGCUACACAGAAAAGAUGGGAGAGGAGGCUGGCGAUGACAAGAAGCCAACGACUAAAUUCGAACUAGAGCGAGAAACAGAACUUCGCUUUGAGGUGGAAGCUUCUCAGUCAGUUCAGCUGGAGUUGUUGGCUGGCAUGGCAGAGAUCUUUGGCACGGAGCUGACCCGAAACAAGAAAUUCACCUUUGAUGCUGGUGCCAAGGUGGCUGUUUUCACUUGGCAUGGCUGUUCUGUGCAACUGAGUGGCCGUACCGAGGUGGCUUACGUCUCCAAGGACACACCUAUGUUGCUUUACCUCAACACUCACACGGCCUUGGAGCAGAUGCGGAGGCAAGCAGAAAAGGAAGAAGAACGAGGCCCCCGAGUGAUGGUGGUGGGCCCCACCGACGUGGGCAAGUCCACAGUGUGUCGCCUGCUGCUCAACUAUGCAGUGCGUUUGGGCCGCCGUCCCACCUAUGUGGAGCUGGAUGUGGGCCAGGGCUCUGUGUCCAUCCCUGGUACCAUGGGGGCCCUGUACAUUGAACGGCCUGCAGAUGUUGAAGAGGGUUUCUCUAUCCAGGCCCCUCUGGUUUAUCAUUUUGGUUCCACCACUCCUGGCACCAACAUCAAGCUUUAUAAUAAGAUUACAUCCCGUUUAGCAGAUGUGUUCAAUCAAAGGUGUGAGGUGAACCGAAGGGCCUCUGUGUCUGGCUGUGUUAUUAACACCUGUGGCUGGGUCAAGGGCUCUGGUUAUCAGGCCCUGGUGCAUGCAGCCUCAGCUUUUGAGGUGGAUGUGGUCGUGGUUCUGGAUCAAGAACGACUGUACAAUGAAUUGAAACGGGACCUGCCCCACUUUGUACGCACUGUGCUGCUUCCUAAAUCAGGGGGUGUGGUGGAGCGCUCCAAGGACUUCCGGCGGGAAUGUAGGGAUGAGCGUAUUCGUGAGUAUUUCUAUGGAUUCCGAGGCUGUUUCUAUCCCCAUGCCUUCAAUGUCAAAUUUUCAGAUGUGAAAAUCUACAAAGUUGGGGCACCCACCAUCCCAGACUCCUGUUUGCCUUUGGGCAUGUCUCAGGAGGACAAUCAGCUUAAAUUAGUACCUGUCACCCCUGGCCGUGAUAUGGUGCACCAUCUACUGAGUGUUAGCACUGCUGAGGGUACAGAGGAGAACCUUUCCGAGACAAGUGUGGCUGGCUUCAUUGUGGUGACCAGCGUGGACCUAGAGCAUCAAGUGUUUACUGUCCUGUCUCCAGCCCCUCGCCCACUGCCUAAGAACUUUCUUCUCAUCAUGGAUAUCCGGUUCAUGGACCUUAAGUAGAGAUCAGCAGAACACCUUGCUGCCUGGGAUGUAGAGAUCUGGCCAUCACCAGAGGCAGCUUGGCUGAGAUACAAGAAUCUAUUGAGGCCAGCUGAUCAGUAAACUGUGGGCUAGUAGAAAGCAUGUGUUCUACCUCUAAGAGCAGGUAGUGGUAACCUGACUCUUCUAAUCUUGAACCCAAAGGAAAACCAUGAGACUGUAAUUGGUUUCUUAGAUCACCUGAGUUGCCACUUUGAAUUUUCUGAGCCGCUGGAGAAUUUCAUUUCUUUCACUGUGCUAUGUGGUUUUUAAAAUCACUGCUUUGUAUUCUGUAUAUAAUACUGGCUAUUUCAUUUAUCCAGGAUGAACGUUAAAUAGAGGGACUCCUUCCAAAAAAGUUCAAACUUAAAAAUUUUUUAUUUUAAUAAAUAUUUUUACCAUA